CGAGAGAGGUCUGUCCCCGCCUACCGGACUGAGGCCAUCUUACACCGAGCUUUACCGUGAGGCGUCACGCAUUUACCCUGUAUCAGUUUCGGUGCUCGUGACGCUGCUGCUGUAACAGAGUUGUAAAUGAAUCAGGCAGUGGAAGAGGUGGGCGUUUCUGUCGACUUGCACUGAAGCAUGGAUUAUGAGAGGAGGGGUGGUCGUGGGGACCGCAUGGGCCGCUAUGGGAAAGAGUCUGAUGAACACGACUAUAGGGACAUGGACUAUCGUGGCUAUGGACAAGAAAAUGGCUUAGGACUGAAUAGCAGAUUAACAAAUGCAAGACAGCACGAGCGUGACAAUAGUUUCGAAGGUGUGAGAGACUUCGCCUCGGGCAAUUUCUCGAAUAAUCGACCCGGAUUCAGCCAAAAGGGGAACCGUGGAUCCAAAGACAACAAACUUGGAAAAAGUCUGCUCCAAAGGCCCCCAAAUCAGAACAUCCACUCAAGAUUCCAGCAAGAUGAAAAGAAUUAUGAAUUUGAACCAGAGAUUGAUGCACAUAGGAGAGAUAUGCAGUCAUUUAGAUCAGGACAGAAAGUGUACCAGGAGGACCAAACGCCAGAUGAAGGUGAAGAAAAUGAGGACAACACUUGGGGCAGAGUUAGAGGACGGCACAACUCUCAAGGCGAAUGCGGCGCUGAGGAAGACAAAUAUACCACACAUCUUGGCCACAAACAAGGUGUUCCUGACCAAGUCCAAUCAGCUACGGGCAAAAUGAGAGAUGGAAACUACCAGCAUGCUCUGGAAAUGAGCCAGGAGGAGCCAGAACCCCGUGACCAGGACUACAGGUCUGAUACAGAGCCGGUCCAGAAACCCAGUAACGUUGUCAUGCUGAGAAUGCUUCCACCGAAUGCAACCGCUAACGAGAUUCGGGCUCGGCUGCAGGAGCAGGGGGUCCAGCCCAGGGAAGUCCGCCUCAUGAGGAACAAGUCUACAGGUCAGAGCAGAGGAUUCGGCUUCGUCGAGUUUAAUCACUUGCAGGAGGCCAGCCGCUGGAUGGAGACCAACCAGAGCGUGCUCACUAUUUUGGGACAGCGAGUAUCUAUGCACUACAGCGACCCAAAACCCCGUGCAAAUGAAGACUGGCUCUGCAAUAAGUGUGGAGUGCAGAACUUCAAACGAAGAGAAAAGUGUUUCAAAUGCGGAGUUCCAAAAUCAGAGGCUGAGCUGAAACUCCUUCAGGUGCCAAAGAGUUUACCUUUGGGGCAGUUAAAGGACUCAGCUCAGGGUUUACUCCCCCUUCCCAUCAUAUACCAGACAGCUUCUCCAAUUCUCAACUUAAGUUCCUCAUCCCAGGCCGCCGAGGUGGCCAAUGACACUCUGAUCCUGCGGAAUCUGGGACCUCAUUCGUCACUAGAGGCCAUUUUGUCCGCUUUGGCCCCGUUUGCUACUCUCUCCCCGUCAAAUGUUCGGCUCAUCAAAGACAAACAGACACAGCUCAACCGAGGGUUUGCUUUUCUGCAGCUCACUACUAUCGUGGAAGCUUCACAGCUGCUUCAGAUCCUCCAGUCCCUGCAGCCUCCUCUCUCGAUCGACGGCAAGCUCAUCUCUGUAGAGUUUGCCAAAGGCUCCAAACGCGAUGUUUUUCUGGCAGAUGGGAGUCGGGUGAGCGUGGCAACCGUAGCGAGUACAGCUAUAGCUGCAGCUCAGUGGGCCGUCACUCAGACGGCGCAGCUCUCGGGUGCAGCUGUGAGUGGUGAGUUCAGUGUGCACCAGCAGGGGGCAGCAGCUGUGUUUGGGCAGGAGGCUGUGCUGGGUGUCAGUGCAGAGGUACAACACUUUAAAGGGCCAGCGGCUGCGGGACUGACUAGCCACACUUUAUUUGGCGCUCCUGGUGGAGGAACUACCUCCACAGGAGAAACAGGUGCUACCUCCAUAUUGGCGCUCACAGCAUCCCAUACCCAGCUUGUUGCAACGACAACCUCCACACAGGCCAACCAGGCCCAGGUGGAGAUCAUUGGGAAACCUCAGCCUGCUACACUGAACCAGCCUGCCACACCUGGAACUGCUCUGGAGUGCCAGCAGUACCCGGAUCCUGACGUGUCCACAUACCAUUACGAUGAGAGCUCUGGCUUUUAUUAUGACCCUCUUACAGGCCUCUACUAUGACCCAAAUUCACAGUACUAUUAUAAUCCCCAUACGCAGCAGUACAUGUACUGGGACGGGGAAAGCCACACGUAUGUUCCUGCCCCAUCACAAUCGUCCGACGACACCACAGACCCUGCGGGAGUGACCUCUGACCUUUCAGGUGCUCCCAACAGCGGCAAGGACAAGAAGGACAAGCCCAAGAAUAAGACGGCACAGCAGAUAGCCAAAGACAUGGAGCGGUGGGCCAAAAGUCUGAACAGGCAGAAGGAGAAUGGCCGGUCGUCCUCGUCUUCCUCGCUGAGCACUAACUCUCGGUUGAUGGCACAGGGUAGACCCGAUGACAGGCGGGAAUCUGCCAGCGCGGAUGCGGGAUACGCCGUCCUGGAGAUGAAGGGUGCCUUGCUGGAGAGACCUCAGAUUCUGAUGGAACAGAUCAAACAUCUAGAAGAAAGAGAACUGAGUCCUCCUCCGGGUCUGGUGUCCGGCUACAGCGCAGAGACGGACAGUGAGGAGGAGGCCGGAGAGCGAGAGGAGAGACUGACGGACUGGUCUAAGCUGGCCUGUCUGCUGUGCAGGAGACAGUUCCCCAGUAAAGAGGCUCUGAUCCGACACCAGCAGCUCUCGGAGCUUCACAGACAAAACCUGGAGCAGAGGAGAGCCAGACCGGGCCAGCCAGAGGCACACGAGCGAUCCGAAACUGAGCUGAAAUACAGGGACCGGGCAGCAGAAAGGAGGGAAAAAGGGUCCGUCCCACAACAACCCGAUGCAAAAAAGAGGAGAUUCAGCCCUAACAGUGGCGUCGGAUCUCACAUGCUUCCUGGAAGGAUGGAAAAAGGCUUUUUCAUUCGCAACCUCCCAGUGGAAUAAUGCUGGGCUUCUGUGGACGUUCUCCAAUACUGAACGAAACGCCCCGUGAGCAGUUUCUAAUCUUGCGAUGUCGGAACAUGUGCACAGUGUUUCUGUACAGAGCAACAAUGCAGCUAAGAGACCAUCACAAUUAGAAUGAUGUGGAUAUAUAUAUAUAUAUAUAGGAUUCAGGUUGAUGAAUGAAAAACCCUCAGGACCCUGAGAAACAAACACUACAGCACACUGUUACUGUAAAUACAGUCCAACUGUGUGACACUCGUGUACUUUAGCCCAUCGUCAGCUUCCUAGAAAGCAAUUUGUGAACAUUUUGUAGAUGGCAUGAAUUCCAGCGAAAGAUGUUGAAAUUCUGGGAAGCUGAGAAAAUGAUAUCAGGAUGGAAACCUGGGAUAAUCCAGAAACUAUUUCUCGAGUUUCUUUUGACUUUGAAUUCAUCUUUUUGUCCCUUUGAGCAACAGCCAGUGGGCGUAAGGAGAAGCUUUUGCUGAUUUGCCAGUACGUGUGCUAUGCAUUUCGCAUGUCUCGCACGACAUGACCGCCGUCUAUGCAGAAACGACAGACCGCAGGCGUCUGUGAAGACUUGCACUGUAGAUUCUUCUUUAGUGAUGCUCUUCAAGAAAAGGCACAGCAGAUUAUUAUGGUUUACUUGCCUAAUUUGCAGUAUAUAUCAUAUAUGACUUAUAAACUGUAGAAG